GAAUCAGCCAAUCAGAGCUCCCGGAGCUCCAGGGUCCUCCAAAGUGUUAAUAGCUGCUUUGAACGCCAAACUUUUUGAUGAGGCGACCUCAAACAACAUGGGGAAGCUGAAUUUCUAUGUCCUCUGGUCCCUGCGUGACGCUCCUCGACAGUUCAUCAGCAAAUCCAACCGAAGUUGCUUUCAGGUCCACAUCCCGCUGCCUCUCCCCAAACAGCUGGUCAUCUUCGGCCUCGGAGAAUGGAAAUGCAGCGAGGCCACAAUAUCAGUGGAUGUUCUGCUCAGUGCAGAAGUACCAGCUCAGAAAAUUGGGACUCUGACAGCUCAAGCAAGGUGCCUGACCUGGGAGGGAGACUGGAGAGAAGACAUUGUCUCAGUAGCAGCAGAAAGAGGCAGGAGAGGAGUUUAUGGCAAGAUUGUGCUCACAGUGUGUGGACAGCCGCAGGAUAAAGACAGUGUCUUCAGCAGUACUCCUCUGGUUCCAAGGAAAUUUCAGUUCCCAGAGCAGCACAAUGUCGCUGAUCUCUCCUGCACGUUAAACCAAAGUGUUGCAAAUGAAACGAUAACUUCCAACUCCUCACACUUGGGUGACAGUGUUUUCUGUGGCGAGAUACAAGUUAAUAAAAUUGACACCAGUGAGUCGACGACAGGAAAUAAACCUCCAUUCUGGCCUACGGAUAAGACACCCAGGCGGACACUUAUUAGUAGGAGAGGCCGUCUGACAUGGAGCUCUGAGGACAUGGACAGUCUCGCAGACGACAUGGAACAAUCUUCAACUCCCAAGAAAAUGAGGCUGUCCAGGAUGAACAGCAAAGAGGAAAUGAGUGUGCAGAUAAAGACCGAGACCAGAGAAGUUUCAGCAUGUCCAUCAAAGCGCUGGAGCCAUACGAUGUGUCUGAGUGACCCCGACACAGCCGUCCUCAUCGGAGGAGAGAUGGCGGAUCAACACUACUGCGAGGACUCCCUGUGGAAGCUAGAGCUAGACAAUGACUUCUGGUUCCCCAUGAACUCCUCUGCGUCUGGACCCGUACCGCCCUGCGCCCGAGGACACUCUGCGACCUAUGACCCAGACUCUAAGUCGGUUUUUGUGUACGGCGGCCUGAGGGAGGGUCAACGCUACAGCGAACUGUACAUCCUGAAUACUGUGACCUGGAAGUGGAAGCUUGUCAAUGCGAAAGGCAAUGUUCCAAAUUUGGCAUAUCACUCUGCAGCCUUUUAUAAGAAAGAGCUUUUUGUGUUUGGUGGAGUUCAGCCGAGCCAUUCCUCUGUGGAUAAAUCCUGCAGUAAUACUCUGUACAUCUUUAACCCCGAGUUUGAACUCUGGUACCAGCCGAUUGUGGAGGGUGACAGACCUCUGCCACGGUUUGGACACUCAGCCACACUGAUGUCACAGAAACUGAUCAUAUUUGGGGGACGGAAGACCGCUACCUACCUCAAUGAUCUCCAUGUUCUAGAUCUGGGAUUCAUGGAGUACACAGCUGUGAAGUGUGGGAACAUGCCACCGCUGCCUCGAGGGUUUCAUGCAGCAAUACCAGUUUCAGACAACAGGAUUUUAGUCAGUGGAGGCUGCAGUGCAAUUGGAGCCCUGCAGGAUGCACAUAUUUUCAACACUGACACCAACAUGUGGAGCUCAUUGUUAUCUCCUCUGCUUUGCUCUAAACCUCGUGCGGGACACAGCAUGAUAAACUUAAGCUGCUCCAUCCCAGCCGAUGCAGAGAAGCAUGACCAGGGGGAAAAAGUCAGUGUCUGCUGCACAUUGCUGGUGUUUGGUGGAUCAGACUGCUCUGGUACCUUCUACAAUGACACAGUCAAGUGCACAGUGGAGAUUCCUGGAAAUAUGCUGCCAGCUGAGCGUGAGGUUUUGCACUUUGCAUAACAAAUCUCUGAUCUGCAUGCUUAACACAUUACUUUAUGUCCCUGACCUUGUCCCCACAUAUCUGUAUGUGAGGUAGAAGUGCUGGACUAGGUCAAAUGGUUGAUAUCAAA